UAUUAAUAGAGAUGAAUCCUAAAGUUCUUAUGAUUGUUGGAGAUUAUGGAGAAGACUUGGAAAUAUAUUUUCCUUUCUAAGCUUUAAGUCUUUUAGGAUUUUAAGUUGAUGCUGUAUGUCCAUAAAGAAAGAAAUAAGAUAAGGUGAAGACAGCUGUUCAUGAUUUUAGAGAUGGAGAUUAAACUUAUAUGGAAUCUAGAGGACAUGAUUUCACACUCAAUGCUGAAUUUCCUAUUGAUCCUAGUCAAUAUGUAGGAUUGGUUUUACCAGGAGGAAGAGCUCCAGAAUAUUUGAGAUUACAUGAGGAAGUAUUAGUAGUAGUGGAAUAUUUCCUUAAAGAAAAGAAACCUAUUGUAGCUGUUUGUCAUGGAAUACAAUUAUUGACAGCAGUAGGAGGAAUAGAAGGUAAAAAAUUGACUUGUUAUCCUGCUUGUAAAUUUGAAGUCACAAAAUAAGGAGGUGUAUAUGAAAAAGUUGGAUAUGAUGAAGUUGUUGUAGAUGGCAAUAUUGUAACAUCUCCAGCUUGGCCAGGACAUGCAAAUGCUUUUAGAGAAUUUGUUAAACUCUUGGGAGUAACAAUAACACAUAAAUGAGAAUUCAUUUAAUCAUAGAUUAAUUAAUAUCUCUAUAAUCC